AUGGACUCUUCAACUCCGACGCCCAAAUCCAUACUGCGUGGGCAUAAGUCCCAGAUCCACGCCGCAGCAUUCGUCAGGUCAAAUGAACGUCUCAUCACAGCCGACGCAGACGGUUUUGUGGUGCUAUGGGACCUCACAAUAAUGCGCCCACGAGCCGUCUGGCGCGCGCACGAAAAGGCUUUGUUAGGCGUCCGUGGCUGGGGCGACGACAAAAUCAUCACACAUGGUCGUGAUAUGAAACUCAUAGUAUGGAAGCUUGGCGAGGCAGCGGAGGAACAUCUCAGCACAGCACUUCCUGUAGAAAAUGUGCCAACACCCAGAGCCCAACCAUGGAUACUUCAUUUACUCGAAGUGAACACCUUGAACUUUUGUGCUUUUGCUUUCUGUUCAAGUGUGCCUGGGCCUGUAGACGAAGCGUCUGAGGCUUUGAUCGCCGUGCCAAAUACUCUCAACUCAGACGCCAUUGAUAUUUAUCAUUUACCUUCACAACAUCGAAUCCAUACCAUAAAAGCUGGCGAUAAGACGGGCAUGGCUAUGUGCCUUGCCCUUUUGCAUCACGAGAACGCCCUCACGCUUGUUGCUGCUUUCGAGAACGGGUAUGCGACUGUACAGCGACUUGGGAAUGAUGGCCGAUGGGUUACGACAUACAACUCGCAAGCUCAUUCACAACCUGUGCUAUCUCUGAGCGUUCACGACGACUCCUUCAUCACAUCUAGUGCCGACUCUAUCGUUGCUAAGCACCCCAUACCCACCGAUUUAUUCUUCCCACUCCAAGGCCCUGAGCCACCCCAGAGCACAGAACGUGUCGUCGAAAUAAUAGACGAUGAACCCAAGGCAACAUCGCUCCUAUCCGCUGGUCUCAAAGCAUCGUCAUUUCAAACUCCCACGGGCCCUUCCAAGAAGGGCGUUGCGUGGAAAGAUCCCAUCAAAACCAUCAACACCAAACACUCUGGACAGCAAAGUUUGGAUAUACGAUCAGACGGGCGGAUUUUUGCCACAGCAGGUUGGGAUUCCAAAGUGCGUGUCUACUCUGUUAAGACCAUGAAAGAACUCGCUGUGUUGAAAUGGCAUCAAGUUGGAUGCUUUGCUGUCGCAUUUGCUGAUGUGAAGAUAUCAGACAAGGCAAAAGAGGAGAGUACAGCAACCGCACAACAAGAGGAUGGGAACAAAGCUACAACAAGUCUAACAAAACGAACAACCUCUCUUGUCAAGGCAGGACUAAGCGUUAAAGAGCAACGUAUAGAAACUGCACGGCAAACACACUGGAUCGCUGCGGGAGCGAAGGACGGAAAGAUUAGCUUAUGGGAUGUUUAUUGA